CAGACAGCUCAGAGGCUGGGUCUGCCGACAGAGACACUCGGAUCCCACAGCUGUAGCCGCUGCCUCUGGUACAGUUUUCCUGGCACCAUUGGUUGAAGAGAUGAUCCUUUCCCCAUUGUGUAGACUUGGCACCCCGUUUGACCGUAUAUGUGCACAGGCAGGACCCUGUAACCAGCUGCCUCUUCCAGCCCAGAGCGAUGCAGUCAAAUAAUUUCUCUCGUGUGGACUCUGAGUUCCGAUACACCCUCUUCCCAAUUGUUUAUAGCAUCAUCUUUUUGCUGGGGUUUAUCGCCAACAGCUAUGUACUGUGGGUAUUUGCCCACCUGUAUUCUUCCAAGAAACUCAAUGAGAUAAAGAUCUUCAUGGUGAACCUCACCGUGGCUGACCUUCUCUUCUUGCUCACCCUGCCCCUGUGGGUCGUCUACUACUACAACCAGGGCAACUGGAUUUUCCCCAAGUUCCUGUGCAACCUGACUGGCUGCUGCUUCUUCAUCAAUACCUACUGCUCUGUGGCCUUCCUGGGUGUCAUCACUUACAACCGCUUCCAGGCAGUGACAAAACCCAUCAAGACCGCUCAGGCUUCCACCCGCAAGCGUGGCAUCUUUUUGUCCCUGGUCAUCUGGGUGGCCAUUGUGGCUGCUGCAUCGUACUUCUUAUUCAUGGAUUCCACCAACACGGUGCCCAACAAGGACGGCUCAGGCAACAUCACCCGCUGCUUUGAGCAUUAUGAGAAAGGCAGUGUGCCGGUCCUCAUCAUCCACAUCUUCCUGGUGUUCAGCUUCUUCCUUGUCUUCCUCAUCAUCUUCGUCUGCAACUUGGUCAUCAUCCGCAAGCUGCUCAUGCAACCGGAGCAUCUGCAGCGCAACGCAGAAGUCAAGCACCGGGCACUGUGGAUGGUUUGCACAGUCUUGGCUGUGUUCAUCAUCUGCUUCGUGCCCCACCACAUGGUGCAGCUGCCCUGGACCCUGGCUGAGCUGGGCUUCCAGGACAACAACUUCCACCAGGCUAUUAACGAUGCACAUCAGAUCACCCUCUGCCUCCUUAGCACCAAUUGUGUCUUAGACCCCAUAAUCUACUGUUUCCUCACCAAGAGUUUCCGCAAGCACCUCACCGAUAAGUUUUACAGCAUUCGCAGCAGCCGGAAAUGCCCCCUAGCCACCACGGAGACGGGCAUUGAAGUGGUCAUGCCACUCAACCAGAUCCCUGUCAAUUCCCUCAAAAAUUAGUCCCUGAUUGUUGGGGCCAGGCCCAGAGGCUUCUCCUCCAUGGACAUCACAGACCAACCCGGGAGAAUAAGGAGUAUCUGCUGUGGUCUGGGCACCUCCUCCCUGGGCAUUGGUGUCCAUUAGAUAUGGAGGCUACCUCCCCAAGGUGGGAUGAUGGCAGAGCCAGACUGCUGGAAAAUCUAGAACUUGAAUGAGCCCCUUCAGCCUCCUUUUGGCGCAUGCCAUAGUAAUCUUGGCUGGUGACCUCAAACUGAACCCAUGAGUCUGAUAGCUCUAGGAGGCAUGUCAGGACCAGGGGCAGACCUUGGGGGCAGACUCUGAGCCACCCAGUUCACCCUACCAGGGCAGCAGCCCCAAGCAAGUGUGGCCUCAAGUUUUGGGCAACCAUUCCCUUUACCACUAUAAAGGGAGAAAAGUGGGUUUUGGGAAAAGGACACUCCCUUAGCUGUGUGACAUUAUCUUUGGGGCAGACUUUUGAGCUAGGAUGGCGCUGCCCUGUCUCCACCCACAGGCACAAGGUCUUUGUGACACUUCUUAGGGGAAGUGGCUCGGUGGAACCAUCUCCUGACUCACUCAGCAAUCUGUCCUGAAUGGUGACUAGAGAAGAUAAAACAUGCAGAGACCAAAACCUAGGAUGGGGAGCUUGUUUCUCGAGGCAGAUAUGUCUCUCUGUACAGGCCUCACCUGAAGCCUGGGUCAGUUCUGGGAGAGUGGGAGAGACACAACCUGCACAUCCAUCUGUCUGUCUCAACAACAGACCCUGAUGAAGUACCUUUUAUGGGGCAGCCACCCACUGUGGGGUAAAGGCCCCUCAAAACCAAACUCAGGUCAUCCGGGGCACCACCAUGCCCAGAGGCUUCCACGGGAGUGGACACUUAGGCUGGGAAGAGCCUGGGUGUGGGUGAGGUCUCCAGAGUGGAAGGAGCCUGUCAGAUCUCCUCCCCUGCCUCACUUUCUGGUGAGUCCCUCCUAAUUUAGCUUCCAGGAGGUGGGAGGAGUAGUUAUAGUCCCAAGGGUCCACAGGAACUUUGAAUUCUGGGUGCAGAAGAGAGGUGUCAGCUUCUCCCGAGGAUCUCUACAUGCUUGCUUAUGACUUUUUGGCAAAUGUAUUCAAAUGAGCCUCCUCUCACACUCUGAGCUGAGUACCUGCAGUAUGAACCUGGCAGCCUCACACCUUGGGGCUUGGAGAGCCUUCCCUGGUUUCCAGAGCCCCAUGGUCCUUCUGAGAAAUCUCCCUAGCUUGCAGCUAGAGUCCUCAUAAGGUUGGGAUCCUUAUUUCCUAUCUACUAGGCAAGCACUGGAUUGCUGAUUUUGAUAAAUGCGUCCCAAUGGGCCAGUAACCUGCUUGGGUCUGCGGUGGUCGCUGUGGGCUGGACUAGCUGAUGGUGACCAGGUGGAUAGUGCAGCAUCCUAGAGCUUUGGUGUCACUCAGACCCAAGUUCAAGUCUUGGCUUUGUCACCUCCUGCCAAGGGACUGUGAGCUGAAUUUCCUACCUCAUAGGGUUGUUAUAAGUGGUGAAUGCUGAAGCAGACACCUCUUGGUUGGGGUGACUGCUCAUCCCAGAUUCUCCCUUUUUCUGAGAAUUUGUUCCCCUCAAUCCUCCUAUAGGAGCUGAAUAGAUGAGAGGUGAGCAUCUGGCUCUAGUUGGGCCAGUCGGUUUCUCUCUCUCAGGAAUAAGCAGCAAGAUUCAGGGAUGCUAUUUCAGGCUCUGCAAGUCUCUUGCCUGAUGAUCCAUAAACUCUGGAGCUGUGAGUGAGUGUAUGUCUAUGUAUUUGAGGCUUGGGGGGGUGGUGGCGAUGGGUGGCCACCUGUAUGAGCUUAUUAGAGAAAAUGGCUCUGUUCAGAGAGAAGACGGAGAUGCCCAGAGCAAAGCAGAGACCAGAAGGAGACCCCAGGAGCCUGGAGAGAGGAGGGGGCGGUGCUUCCAGGGGCCUGCUGCCUCUCCUCCUCCAGGCCAAGCCCUUCUCGAGGCUCAACAUCUGCACUGUUUCUUUUGAGUCCUGUGAGAUUCCCUUGUUAGGAUACAUUAUCUUAUUUCGCUUGAACUGAUUUGAGGUGUCAUCUAUUACUUGCAACCAAAAGAGCUCUGAAUGAGAUAAAUGCUUAUAUGCUAAAGCACAGUGUUUUUCAAAUUUUGGUCAUUCACGUACCCUUCUCACAAUUUUUGCAAUAUCUAUGUACCAUCUAUAUGUUUACAUAAUAAAUAUUUUUCUUUAAAUUGAGUCACUUUUUAAAACUUAAAUUUAAAACGAUGCUUUAUAACUAAAUUGUAAAUGAAAACUAAUAUUACCUGCUACACAUAGAAGGUAAACACAAAUAUAAAGCAUAUAGCUAUUAAAAUAAAAAUAUCCUUGGUGUCCUGUCUAAAGUCACCUCAUAUGCCCCAGCGACUUGCAUAGCACACUUCAGGAAACACUGCUGUGCUGUGUAUAAAGUGCACAGGGUCUACACUCAGUAAGUGCUCAAUAAAGAGUAACUCUGACAGUCCCGAGAUGGUAACUUGUGAUUGCUCCCUUGCUUCUCCCAGAAUGUUGCCCUAACACACAGGCCAGGGUCUCACUCCCUGCCAGCGCCCAUGGGGGUGGGAGGAGUAUUUUAGUUUGUAGUCCAUGCUACAGUCCUGCUGACUUCACCACUCUGAAUCCAGCCACCUUUACUCCCCUGUGACUUCUGCCUGGUUGUGACCUUCUCAGAUGUCUUCUCUUCUUUUUGACCUAGCCUGGAAUUCCUCCUAUAGGCAGGCUUUCCUUUCUCCAGGCAGGGUAAUUGGCUUCCUUCUAGCAGCAUUUUAAGGCUGGGAGAGUCCAACUUUUUUAUACCUUAAUUACAGUGGUUAUUGAAGUUUAUCCAUUUCAAUGUCUGUUUUCCCUGUCUUGGGACAGAAACUGAAUCUUAAUCUCAAUGUGUCUAGGCCUGGAAUUGAGAUCUGUCUGUCUCCAAAGCUUACUGCUUUCCCAGGGUGUAGCGUAAACAGACAUAUUGACAUAUCCAUGCACCUGUUUUGAAAGGGUUUAAGGAGGCUCUUCAGGGACAAAUAGAGAAGGAAUUUAAUACAUAUUCUUCCAAAGUUCAGGAUAAAGAUAUUAGUAGUUUUCAUGCAACUUUUGAGAUUCUAGCCUCUAAGAUAUUCCUUUAGAAACUCUAAACUCAAAAGAUAUUUACAGUCUUUGGAACUCAGAGAGGAGGUUGAAGUAGCUACAUGUCAGUUAUUUUAUUAAUCAAAAUUGUACAAAUAUUUCUGUUGAUAUUUUAAAGAAGAUGUCCGGGAUUUUCAGAGGAUCAGAGCAUUUUGGAGCUGGGAGGGUCCAAUCUCUUCAUCUUAGUGAGGGGAACAUGAGACUCAGAGAAGCUAAGAAAUUGCGGAAAUUACACAGCAUGGGACUGCAGCCAACACAGAAUUGGCUGCUAAUCUGUGUCUCUCGUUUCUUGCAACGGUGUCAUGGAUUAU